GUGUCGCUCACCAUGCCACGACUCUCCGUUCCUGAUCCAUCUUGUGGAGCGUGCAGAUGCUGUCCUCUGUGCUGCAGGAAAGGCCUGUGAGCGGAUUUCCAUGAGCCGUCAGUCCCGUCUGGUCCUCCGAGGGUCGCUGUGAGGCUGUAGGCGCUCCGCCUGCAGACUGAGCGGAGCUAAAGAUAUCGCGAGACUUGCUGCUGCCCGUUGCUUUGCAGCAGACGGAGGGAGAAGGCAGGCAGCAUCAUGGCGGACAGAGACAGUGGAAGUGAGCAGGGAGGAGCGGCUACGGGCCCAGGCUUCGGCUCCACGCACCUAGCGACGGGAGGGGCGGGCUCGGCUUCCGGGCUCCAGCAUGAGACACAAGAGCUGGCGUCGAAGAGGGUUGACAUCCAGAACAAACGCUUCUAUUUGGACGUAAAGCAGAACGCGAAGGGCCGCUUCUUAAAGAUAGCUGAAGUCGGGGCCGGUGGAAACAAGAGCCGCCUGACUCUUUCCAUGUCCGUGGCGGUCGAGUUCCGAGACUACUUGGGGGACUUCAUCGAACAUUAUGCCCAGUUGGGUCCGAGUAACCCGGGACUGGUGCAAGACGAACCCAGACGAGCGCUCAAAAGUGAGUUCCUGGUGCGGGAGAAUCGGAAAUACUACAUGGAUCUGAAGGAGAACCAGAGGGGACGGUUUCUAAGGAUCCGACAGACCGUUAACCGGGGGCCCGGUUUGGGAUCCACGCAGGGCCAGACGAUCGCGCUGCCUGCCCAGGGACUUAUUGAGUUUCGCGACGCUUUGGCUAAACUUAUUGACGAUUACGGCGUGGAGGACGAGCCCGCAGAGCUGCCCGAAGGCUCGUCAUUGACUGUGGACAACAAACGCUUCUUCUUCGACGUGGGGUCCAACAAGUACGGCGUGUUUAUGAGGGUAAGCGAGGUGAAGCCUACAUACCGCAACUCCAUCACGGUGCCCUACAAAGUCUGGUCCAAAUUUGGGAAUACUUUCUGUAAGUACGCCGAGGAGAUGAAGAAGAUCCAGGAGAAGCAGCGGGAGAAGAGGGCAUGCGAGCUGCAGCAGCAGGAGGAGAUGCAGGCGGACGAUGGAGACGAGGAUUGAUAUAGAGCCGCAAACGAAAAUAAAUAAAAAAAAAUCAUGCAAAAGUAAUGAAAAUAACCAGAGAAUUAUAAUUAAAAACUCUACUGUAAAAAGAAAGAAAUCUAAAGAUGAAACGGUUUAACUCCAAGGGAGCAUCACUCUUAAGAAACCUCCACAAGCCGACAGAUGUGACUCAUCGCUGGAUGUUGCCCCACUUCUCACCAUUAAAACAGUAACAGGCUGCUAAACAAAGUAAUAACCUUAUAUUUGAACAUUGUUUCCUACUUGACAACGGAGUGUUUAUUUCCCUUAUUAACAGAACUUUUGUACCAGUUAAAGCUGUUGUAAAAAAAAAUAGGAAAAAAAGAGGUUUGCAAUGUUCAAAUGGAAAUAUUGUGGAGUUCAGAGAAAGAUCGAACACGUUUCCUUUCCAUGUGAGCUAAUGACGUCAGCACAAAUCAGAUGUUUUAAUUUUUCAACCAAAAUUCAAAACUCUUUGUAAAAGACGUGUACUCGCCAUCCUAUUCACCUUUACCUGUGAGUAGAGAUGUGUUUACACGCUGAGGUCAUACGAGGGCUAGGCCUGCGUCGGAAACUGGUUAGAUGUCAUGCAGUAUAAAAAGGAAUAUAUAGGCAUUUUCAUGAAAUGAAAUAAGUGCUAUAAUUGUGGUGCAAUAUGCAUUGCAUAUAAAAAAAAUUCUAUUAAACCGGGCAAAUGGAGUCUCGACGUGAUGACCUUUGCCAUAGGCAUUCAAAGAAGUAUAAAUAUUGUAACUUUUAUUUAGUUUUUUGAGUUGAAAUCGUUGCCAUGCAGAUGGAUUUAUUAUAGACUACCUUUGUGUCUCCUUGUCAAUGCAAUGUGUUCAUUUUAAAGGUACUAUAUGUGUAUUUGAUAGAGGAAAUGCAGUGACAACAUGUAGCAAAUAGCCUGAAUUGCAGAUUAUUUAACAAGAUGCACUCACCCCACAACUUAACUGUGUAAUUGGCAUCGAGCUAAAGGCAGAGGAGCGUUACCGGUGGCCGAUCGUGAUCUUGUGUCCGAUCGUGAUCUUGUUUUAUCCUAAAAAGCCCAAAUGGUGCCAAGGAGUGCUGUUGCUGCAUGUUAACCUGCACUGUCGUAGAUUUCAUUGGUCUCCCAAAUGUAUCGAGCCUCAAGGACCCUUCCAUUCAUAUCCUUUAUCUGCCUAUAACGUGCGAAUCUCAAGUUUGAGUACUGAGUGAUUCUUUUCCAAAGGCUCGGUUGUUGUCACGUAAACCGUAAUCAGCAGAAUCGCCAUCAGUCAGCGAGGAAGGCGCCUGGCUCGGCCCAGUUUUAGAUGGUUUCGUAAUCUGCCUGCCGGUGGAUGAUGAGCGUGGCUGGAUCCCUUCGAGCUUCUGGGUGAACUUCUGCGGCUAUACUUAAGAUUUGUUAGCCCGAAUAUCUAUCUGGGGAGGCUCUGGUAGGGGGUUGUGAUCUUCUUUUUGGUCUAAUUGUAAAUAUUUGGGCUGCCACUUGAAAAAACAACUGGUUGUAAUCCAGUUUUGUCGCAUCUCAUAGAUGUGUGAUAGCAGUUUUAUAAACUCUGUCAGUAAACUCCUGAGAAACUGGCAAACAAUCAGAUUUUUUCCGAUUUACCUCAAUAAUAAAUUCAACGAUCGCUCCCGUGUUUAGAUUGACUGUAAACCAGCAAACUAGACUGUCCUUAACCACAUUUUUCUUUUUUUAAUUUCAUCUGGGAGUGUCUGGCAUAAUUAACGUGAUCGGGAGCGCCCUCUUCAGCAUAUAAACGACCUGGUGCCUUACACGCUCCGCAUGCUUACACGCUGGCCUGGUGCUUUGGAUUGCAGUUUGGCUUUCUUCAGUUUCUUCCGUUUUUGCGUCUCAGCCCCCUUCGCGUGCGCUACAGCGCACGACUCGUGGUGCUAAAAAGGGUUCGUUUUGGGCCCUUUAAGGAAAACGGGAGCGGAAUUCCUAACUCUUUCUGCUGCCUCCCUUCUUCCCCGACCUCAUUGCCAUCCUCAUCCCUCAGCCAUCCAGGUAUCGGCCUACAUGUAAACAUGGAAAGGGGUGGUCACCUCGAUGCAAGAUGAUGCAGAGGAGCACUAGCUAAGCACUUCAGCGGGUAGAGCAGGGGCUGAUUUAAGACAUCAGUGGUGGCUUCAAACAGGAAAGCCCCGCCUUAAAAGGCUCAUGUUCUAUCUAGAGUAACUCUGGCAAAUGUAAUUUGCUCGGUUAGUGGAGAGUAGCAAGCAUGUUUUUUGUUUUAUGCAAUUUUACCUUUUCAGCAUUAUUCCACAUUGUCAUUUUGGAAUGUUUUUGCCCCCUAAAUAUAAUUUUUCCUCUAUGUGCAACAUUUCAUCACUGUGUGCAAUAUCACAUGUGCCAACGGUGGCAAUAUAUGUAUAUCAAUUAAAAUAUAUGAUGACUAUUUGAGAGCAUGUGGCUGAAUUCCAUGUUUUCUUUGUCUCAUGAAGGAGACGUACGCCUUUAUUUGCACUCAAAGCUCUGCCCUGGAGGAAAAUUUAGCUCUUUAGUCUUUAGCGGCCUGUUGGGUCUAGCGGUCCACAGGAUGUACUAUAACUUGAAACAACAAUGUCACUGCAAGUUUGCCCCUUUGCAAGGGAAAAAGGGGUUCACUUGGCUCUUUGGGGGUUGGUGAAGGUGGAGAUUUUGUGGAAAAAGGAAAAAAAAUAUAUAACAAAUGUCCAUUUUUAGCUUUAAGCUAAGAAAAGGUGCUUCAGUCCAAUCCUCAUUCAGAUGUGUGGUGAACUGUCUUCAGUGGUUGUGUGUAGCACUUUGUUUCCCAGGUUAACGAGAACGCCUGACCAAUACUUGUUUUAAAACCAUCUCAGCAAAGAAUGUCGUUUAUUCUCUCCUGUUGCCUCUUUUCUCGAGAGGUUGUUCUGAUCUGCUCACUUUGGGUUUUGAUGCAUUCAGUAUAAUUUCUGUACAUUUGACAAAUUUUAAAAAUAAAUUUAAUUUACCCGGUGAGGGGAAAGACAAAGAUAUCUGCGUUCAAAAUGUUUUCUUUUUUUUUUUUUACUUUCAUGUUUCAUUUCCUGUUUUGGAAAAAGAAAAAGUUAAUUUUGAUGUAGUGUUGUCUACAAUGUCUGACUACAUUUGCUCUGAUACUAAUGAUUAAAGCUUCAUUUUACAGCCUCCAAAACGCAAACUUUCCAACAACAAUUCUUUGACUCAUGUCAUGGAAAUUUCUAAGUACUGUAUGUGAACUAAAUGUCAGGCUGUAAAAUAAAGCGUGACAUUGUUCUCUAAA